UACUCGGGACUUCUUCGGAGUUUGUAAUGAUAUUGAUAUUCGGUCGAAAUUUAACCCGCUAUCGUAGAGAAUGCGGGUAGAGUUAGAAACUAAUGUACGUGUAGAAUCCAUCUUUUAGCGGUCCGGCGCCUUAUAUUGAACUAAACCUGAAAAUGGCAGAUAUUUUUCGCUCUGCAUUGAACUACAUAAGCCAAACUGGGAAGUCGGACAAUAACUUCGUGGGGCAGUAUGUCGAGUUAGGACCUGUACAACUCAGAGUACGACGAGUCAUCGCAGAGGGAGGGUACGGAUUUGUUUUCGUCGCCCAGGACACGUCAACUGGCAAAGAAUAUGCUCUCAAGCGACUUAUGGCAGGUGAUGAUGCAGCCAAUAAAGCUAUCCUAAAGGAAAUAACAAUCCUUAAACGUCUCAGAGGACAUCCAAACAUAGUGCAGUUUUAUUCUGCAGCAUCUUUGAGUGAAAAGGAAACUGAACAUGGAAUGUCUGAAUUUCUUAUCCUAACUGAACUUUGCAGUGGAGGAGAGCUGGUUAAGCUGCUACAGGAAAGGUAUGGACAGCCAUAUCCACCGAACCAGGUUUUGAAGAUGUUCUAUCAAAUCUGCCGAGCAGUUGCUUACAUGCACAAACAGACUCCACCAGUUAUACACAGAGACUUGAAGGUUGAAAAUCUUCUCAUCGGUGCAAAAGGCCAAAUCAAACUUUGUGAUUUUGGUAGCUCAACUACUCAGCAACAAAUACCUGAUGAGUCUUGGACAGCACUCCAGCGUAGUCUUGUUGAAGAUGAGCUCCAACGGAACACAACCCCCAUGUACCGUGCACCAGAAAUGAUUGACUUGUACAGUAAUAUGCCAAUCACUGAAAAAGUUGACAUUUGGGCCCUUGGGUGUACUUUGUUCUUCUUGUGUUUUAUGGAACACCCAUUUGAAGACUCAGCCAAGCUGAGAAUACUGAAUGCAAAAUACACCAUCCCAGAGAAUGACACUAAAUACACAGUAUUCCAUGACCUUAUCAGAUACAUGCUUCAAGUGAACCCAGCUGACAGACCAGAUAUAAAGGAAGUUCUUACAGGUCUUGAAGCCAUUGCAAUAGCCAUGGAUGUUGAUCUUAAGGGUAAAGUGAGAGAUGAUCUCCCACAGUCUUCUGGAGAACAAUCAUCUCAAGUUGGUGCAAGUGGCCCACCUGUGUCACCAUCUCCAUCAUCAGGAAAUUCUGCAAUACUUGGUGGAGUAGUCAAAGGGGCCAACAGUUUUUUCAGUAACAUAAAGGAUAUGUCCAACAAGGUUAUGCAAUCUGUGGCAGGAUAUGUCAAGAAUGAUAUUGACUUGUCGUACAUUACAUCUCGAAUCAUGGUAAUGUCUUUCCCAGCAGAUGGGAUUGAGUCAACUUACAAAAACAAUAUAGAUGAUGUGAGAGAUUUCCUCGAUGCAAAAUACCCAGAUAAUUACUUGAUCAUCAAUGUAUCACCCAGAACAUACAGAACAGAGAAGCUUGGAGAUAGGGUGAUAAACUGCUGCUUAGUGGGUCACAGGCUGCCUCCUUUAGAGAAGCUGCUAUCCCUGUGUAGGAAAAUCAAUUCUUGGUUAAGGACUGACAGGAAGCAUGUUGUAGUCAUUCACUGUCAGGAUGGCAAAGAAGCAUCAAGCGUUAUUGUUGCUGCUUUUUUUGUCUUCUGUAAAUUGUUCAAAAAUCCAAAUGGAGCUGCAGACAUGUUCAGUAUUCGCCGCUGUGGUAUUGGACACAAAGUUUCACUCACUGCUUCACAGGAGCGCUAUUUACUGUACAUCACACAACUGAUCAAUAACCAAGAAUUGAAACCUCACAAGUAUUCAGUGUAUAUCAAGUCUGUAACAAUGUAUCCAGUUCCAGCCUUCAACAAAGCCAGGAAUGGUUGCCGUCCAUUUAUUGAGGUUUACAAUGGAGAACAGAGAAUCCUUACCACAGUAAAAGAGAUUGAAAAAAUGAGGGAGUAUGAUCUAGGUGAUGGAAAAGUAUCAUUUCCCGUGAACCUCACUUUACAAGGUGAUGUAACAGUUGUAGUAUACCAUGGCCGAUCUACACUAGGAGGAAAGGUUCAAGGAAAAAUGACUUCCAUGAGAGUCUUUAUGCUUCAAUUCCACACUGGAUUUAUCAAGACUUCUGCGCAUAAACUUAAGUACUCACGAGAUGAGGUGGACAUCAACAAGGAUGAUGAAAGCAAGUUUACUUCACGUUUUACUGUUACACUUGACAUCACUGUUGAUGCAGAGGAAGCAAGCAGUUUGCCAACUCACACAUGGGACACACUCAAAACUGAGAAACUCUUCCCUCAAGUUUGUUUUUCUACAAAGGAAGAAUAUCUAGAAUGUCAGGAAGAAUUUGUAAACGCAGAUGAUCGCGAAUCAAACAUGGUUUUCAGUUCAAAAUCAAAUGAAAUAGAAGAGGAUGAUGACAAUGAGGAACUCCAAGUUCCUUCUGAUGAUGGUAAUGAUGGUGCAACAGGCAGUAAGCCAAACAAAAACUUCCUUUCAUCGAUUGACUGGAAUACUGAAGGUGCAGGAACCAACAGCAGUGAUGAUGAGUUUGAAAAUCUGCGUGACAAGGAUCAUGACAAUACUUCUCAACAAGCACACCAGACUCAUAAUUUCUUCUCUGAAAGGGAAGGUGUUGGAAAUGACUUGGAUGAAAAUUUAGACUUGUUUAAUUUGAAAUCACCAUCAGGUGAUGAAUUCAAUACCGACUUGUUUAAUUUCAAGACUGCAGGUGAAACAAAUGGUCAUCUGUUUAAUUUGGAUGAUGAUGAUUCAGAUUCUGAUGAUCCUUCUUACCAGGUAGAUUUGCUGAAUUUAGGCAGUGGUCAACAGAAUCAGGGAGUUUCUUCAAAGCCAACAUCUCACAUCUCAGUCGUGGAUGACAUGGGAGUUGAUCUGUUGAAUUUAUCACCAGCAGGAAGUAAGGAUAGUCAAAAUGUGGAUCUUGUCAGUGGAACAGAGAAGAGCCCUCAUCGAAAAAUGAAACGAAAUAAAAGUGCUGAUGAUGUUCUUAGUCCUGGACUGCAUGAGGAUGAUGACUUCUUCAAUCAGAUGGGAAGUCGUAGCUCCAGCUCCAGCAGGGAAAAUGUAACUUCAUUCACUGUUGCUGGUGCAGAUUCUGCCACAUUUGAUCCCUUUCAGACCACAAGGACUAAAUCUCCUGAUCUGUCCUCAGGGGGUAAUGGGAGGGAGCCAGCAUCCUCAGACCUAUUUGAUCCAUUCAGCUCUAAAAGUCCAAGUUCAAAGCCUUCUGAUGAGUUUGAUCUUUUUGGUGCUAAGCCAGGUCAGGGCAGCAGCAGUACAGAAACAUUUCCACCCUUAAGCACAAAUAAUGGUGGAUCAAACCUGAAUUCAUUUGAUCCAUUUGGAAAGACCUCCACAGAGCAAGACCUCUUUGGAAUUGGUGGUUCUCAGGCUCCCACAACCACAGCUCAGGCUCAAACACAGAGCAAUACUGAUCUGUUUGGAGACUGGGGUGACUCAUCAUCAGAAACUCUUCAACCAUCUAAAGUUCCAUCACCAAUUCCUCAAAGAGCACCAACCAGCCCAGCACCACAGAACAAACCUACAGCAACACCAAGUGAUCCUUUCUCUGACUUUGGAAAUUUGACAUCAAAUUUACCGAAGUUUCCCUCUGUUCCAACAUUUAAAGCAGGUACAUCAACUUCACCCAAACCACAAAAGAAACCCGAUUCCUCCACUAGUGGCAAUCCCUCUUGGUCUCGUCCAGCCCAGCAACCAUCUUGGCAUUCUGGGGCUAAACCAAGUGGCCCAUCAAAGGUUCCACAAAAACCAAACUAUGCACCCUCUUACAGUAUGUCUGGUUCUUCUGGGGUAUUUGGAAACUAUGGACAAAAAUGGAGUGCACCCAAACCAGUUGGCCAAAAUGAGUUUAGUGACAUUCUAAAUGCACAAGGUUUUAAUCGCCCAACUGCACAAGGAGCACAAGGGGCACAAACUCUAAGCUCUCUAAAAAAGGAACAAAACAAACCUGAUGACCCUAUCAAGGCUAAGGUUGAGGAGUGGUCUGAAGGUAAAAGAGGCAAUAUUCGGGCCUUAUUAUGCUCACUCCACCUUAUACUGUGGGAAGGAGAAGACAGAUGGAAACCAUGUGGCAUGCACAAUCUUGUUCAACCUGAACAGGUGAAAAAAUGGUACAGAAAAGCUGUACUAUCAGUACAUCCUGACAAGCUGACUGGCAGCCCAGAAGAGUCACUAGCACGUGCAAUUUUUAUGGAAUUAAAUGAUGCAUGGGCAAUAUUUGAAAAGGAGGGAUCAAAACCAUUAUUUUAAAGGGAAAUGUUAAAACACAUGUUGUAUUAGUCAAGUGGCAAGAGUCUUAAAAUCAAUAGAAAGAGACAAUGGAACUAGCAAACACACUACACAGCUGAACCAGUCUCUGCUGGUGGGGUCAUAGAUAAUUAAGAGAUACAGUUAGUAUCAUUUGUAAAUGUGCUAUGAUUUGUCAAUUUAGUGGGUAGACAUUUUACUGUACAGUCUGAUAAAUUCAAGAGUUGGUUUGAACUGAAAUCUUCCCUCAUCUGUUUGAACUCCUAGAAAAAAAUCUUGCUUAUCUUGUUUUCUCUGACUGUACUUAAAUUUACAUAACUACAGUAGGACCGCGAACUCAUUUAGUAAGAAGUAUGUAUAUUAAACGGCUAAGAAUAUAUGGAAGUCAUAUAUUUGACCUGCGGAUAAAGACAUGGAUGAAAGUGAUCCUCGCAGUAAUGUACACUACUUGAGCAGUAGUGAAAAUAAGGCCUGAAAAAAAAUUCAGGCCUGUACUGCACUGGUAUCGCAGAAGUCAUGGGUUCAUAUCCUGUACAGGCCUGAAUUUCUUUCAGGCCUUAUUUUCACUACUGCUCAAGUAGUGUACAUUUCUGCAAGGAUCACUUUCAUUCAAGUAUGUAUAUUGUUGGGAAAACACACUUAUUUGUAGAUGCUACAAGUUGAUGUACAUGUUUAUACAUUAUUUCUUGAGAGAACUACUGAGAAUCACAAAUCGUUUCUCACAAUCUUACUUCAUAUCAAAUUCUUCCCCUCCCCUUCCCUCCCCUCCCCUAUCCCUGAUAUCCUUUGGACAAAAAGUAUCAAUGUUAUUGUCAAAGAUAAUGCCAAUAAUGACUUUAAUUUAGAACAACUACCUUGAUUCACGUUGUUUUUCCUUUAAGGUAUUAAGUUAUCUUUCCUGGUUAGGGGUGUAAGGAGUAUUAUUUUUCAUGAAAAAAAGGAAGCAGAACAAUUCUGGUAUUUGUGGUCAAAUAAUAUAGAGUUGACUGAGGGGUAUUAUUUUUAAUUAUUACAAAAUAAGAAAGAAUCAAAACUUCUUAGGACGCAAAUUUGUUUCAUCCAAGAGACUAUCACUUAGAAGUAGUGAUGUGUGAAACAAUGUCUAGUGGAUAUUAAUCUUUUAAAAAAAAAGUCCUUGCCGUUGAUAGUAACUAAUGAGGAAUUAAAAAUUAUUUGCGGUAGCUUGGUGAACAUGUUAUAACUCACUGUUUUUAAGAAUAGCUCAUCUACUCCAGACAUCUUGUUUUGUGGGGAUAACCUGGUUAAAAUGAUUGAUGAGAGUUGUGUCUCAUUCAAAGUCGACAGUGUGGAAAAACUUUGUUUUUAGAUUGUCACUUGCUAUGGUGCAUUGGUCAAUUUUUAAUGAAGGGUGGGUACAAGCCACUAAAUUAGAUGAAGCUUCCCAUUAAUAGUGUGUGCUGGAUGUAUUAGCCCUCAGUUCAUGGGAAUUACCUAGUAAUAGUUAUCAAAACAAAGUUUAUGCUAAGGGUAGUGCUAAGGUAACAGCUGGUUUUGCUACAUUUUGAGUUUGCUAUAUAUGAGUCUGCUACAUCAGUAAACCUAGUAAACCAGUGUUAAUCAAAUGUUAGUUGUCAAACUAGUUGGUAUAAUUGAAAAAUCUGGGAAAUGGUCUGGCAUUUAUUACACAAAGGGCUUUCCCUUGAUAAAGUUUUUAAUGCAACUGUUGCCUUAACUGAAGGUACACUUUUUAAGAAGUGAUCAAGAGACACUGUUCUUGACAAGCCUCAAUAUAGGUUACUGCUGACAAAGAUUUAUCACAACAAACUCAACUCAAUAUAUAGUCAGUUA